AUGGCUAUGCAGCGACGGUGCGAGGUCUGCGGUGGAAAACACCGCAAUCCUGGUGGAACAGCGAGGCCAAUCCAGACAGCGGUAGAGCAUCUCAACAAGGCUUUUAUUUUUCCUGAUAGGAGGAGGAGUUUUUCUGAUAGGAGGAGGAGUUUAUCUGAUAGGAGGAGGAGUUUAUCUGAUAGGAGGAGGAGGAGUUUAUCUGAUAGGAGGAGGAGUUUAUCUGAUAGGAGGAGGAGUUUAUCUGGGAGGAGGAGGAGUUUAUCUGAUAGGAGGAGGAGGAGUUUAUCUGAUAGGAGGAGGAGGAGUUUAUCUGAUAGGAGGAGGAGGAGUUUAUCUGAUAGGAGGAGGAGGAGUUUAUCUGAUAGGAGGAGGAGGAGUUUAUCUGAUAGGACCAGCUAUGUUUCACAAUCUGUACCUGGGGCUCUGUUCCUCCACCGACAUAGGGCCUGUUGCAUGCGACAAAUGAGACCAUUCAUCCAAAUGGAGACGAUACUACGCGAGACGGAACGCCGAAGCAGCCACGAGUAUUCACAAAUUGGCGGUGCUCUCGCCGCAUCGAGACACCAAAUUCAAGCAGCUGGGUUCGCAUCGUUGCUGCUCCAUGUGAGAGAUGCACCUGCUGCUUCAUCAUGUUUUGCAAAAAGUGACGUGGGUUUUACAGCAACGCAGCGGUCAGAAUCAUGGCGCUACGUUCUGAUAACGGCGUUCAUACCGCGGUGA